CAUAUGUGUAUCAAACACAUACAUGAAUGGUUGGUUGAAGAGGUCAUGAAAUCUGGGUGGAUCAACAAGCGUUCGAAAAACUGCUCUGGAAUAGGAAACUGGACCAACUGGUCCAAGAUAUGGCUCAUCCUGAAACCCGAUCGUCUCGAAUUUUACGAAAAACCACCGGUUGAAAAAGGGAGGAGCUUCAAGAAGGGUCAGAUUUUGAUUGAUAAGAACUUGAUGAUGGAAACUGUGCCUGAUUACCGAAGCUUCUUCAAGAAGCUGUCUGGAUGCUUUAUGAUAACAGAUGCUUUGGCAAUUUACGAGUUUGGGGAAACCGACGGAGAAGGUCCCGACUGGUUUCAUUGCCUUGAGGAAGUGAUGGACAGUUACAAAAUCAACAUUACCCUAGUGCAAAAGAUGCUAAAGGAACGCCAACGCAGGCGAGAGGUGGCGAAGAAUACUAUCCCCGUAUCUGCGUCCGAUAUUGACAUUGACAUACGGGCAGAUGUGCUUGAAGCUACAACAAAAGAUGUGGUAAACGGCCAGGUUAACCCGACUGUAAAAGAUCAACCACUUUCAAGGCGCACGGGGUGGCAAUUCGCUAAAAAGAAUUACGAAGUCCCAGAACACGUGCUAAAGAAAGGUGAAGAUAAGCUUAAAGCCGUGUUCAUGAAAGUGGAUACCAAUGGAAAUGGGUGGAUCGAUCCGACAGAGUUUUCCACUUUCCUCAAAGGUCUUGGUCUUACCCUGACAGAGAAAGAAAUCAACUUGGUCUACAAUACUAUAGACAAGGAUAGAAGUGGGCGAAUUUCUUUUCAGGAGUUUGAAGAGUAUUUUAUGAGGAAUGUCUUAGACGAGCAAGAGACGGGUGAACGAACAACUGCUUUAAGAGCUGCUUUCAUGGAGGCCGACCGUGACGGUUCCGGAACACUUGAUUUCAAAGAAUUCACGGAAUACUACUGGGAAAAGAAGAGGAACGCCCGACUUGAUAAACUGAUGGCUGGGUUCAGCAAGUUGAAUAAAAAAGACGGUGAUACAAUUACAUUUGCAGAUUUCGAAAAUUUGUUCGCACAGUCUGGAGUGAGCAUGGAUCCACCAGCGAGUUCAGGAACACAGUCACCAAAAGUGGACGUCAUCGACCUCCUGGAUAAGGAACUUAAAGAAGAAUAUGACGAGGCAGCCGCCGGAGAAUUGGAAGAAUACAUUCGUGAUAGAUGGGAAAAGUUUGCAAGUUUCCGCCGACUUGGUGCAUCUGGCGAAGCCGUGAUGACCGGAAAGGACAACAUGGUUGCGGAUAUCGUUCCCGGGGAAUACAGCCUCAAAGACAUCGCACUGUUCAGUGAUCUGCCCCCAAUCGUUCCCAAGUACACAGCUGUCAAAGGUGUUCGCUGGGUUUCUAGCGGUGUGCCUGGGAAAUCGGGAGAGCUACUUUUCCCCGCCGAUUUCAACUACGUCAUUGCCGUCGAUUUGGCUACAAAUGAGCGGCUGCGGUACUAUGGAUGCAGCUUUGCCGAUGCACAGCAGGUGAAGGUGUCUCUGUUGUACAGGCAUGGGAUCCAAGACUUCACGUACGAGAACCAGUAUCUAGAAGACUACGUUGAAGACCGCGGUCCUGGGAUAGAGGUACACCAGUUUUCCCAUCUGGACUGCCCCUUGCACGAAGAUGCCGGAGUUUUCGUCAUAGGCAAGUUUGUGGGGGAGGAUGAAAUCCACUUAACUGCCUUUGAGGUUCCAGUUCGUCAUACAGUGUACGCCCCAGCGGGAACCAUCCACUCCAAUGACUACCUGAAAGGAACCUGGAGGACCAUGCUGUCAGAUGAAGCAGAGAUCGACCACGUGUACCUCAUGAAAAAGAAAGAGAAUGGAGAAAUGGAAAACUUUAAAUUUCGUUUUGAAUGAUCACCCUGGAGAGUGGAAAUGUUAGCCCAGUAACGCACUAUAUCAGUAUGUGCUUUAAAGUUGUAAAUGGGUCAUAGAUAGAGGU